AUGUAUAAGGCCUAUCGCCUACCCGAUAGCCGUUUCAGAUCCAAGACUCUUAAGGCGAAGGCAUAUCUAGACGGCCGUGUCGCAAAUGUUCCGCAGUACUUAGAUGGAAAUACCGCGCAACACUUGCUGGCGCGACACGAGACCCUCUCCUUAGCAACUCAAGCCCUACACAACUAUCAAGGUCAAGUCAGGGAACAUGCAAGGGAUUUGUAUGCAUAUCUUCGGAACGACCCAUGGAAUAACUCACACAAUCUCUUCACACAUAAUAUGAGCAUCGACCACACUACCUUGUUCUACCUUGAACAGAGAAGAUUGCUCUCUGCAGUUGCGUAUAAGCAGGCGCAAGGUGUGGCAAGGCAUAUUGCCUUGCAUGCUUUGCGCGAGGACAUGUCAACAGUCUCUGUCCUGAAGUAUAUGCUUCCCUUUCGACAUCAGGUUCAUUUCCUGUCCUGGAUGCAUGGGACAUUGGAAAACUGUCCGUAUCCAAAACUACAGAGACUAUCAUCAUCCUUUGACAUCCUCGCCACCGAGACUCAGACGAUUGUCACCGGCCUCCAACGUACAAGAGUCCUUGCCACUCUUGGAGAUGAUCAGGAGCGGUGCCAUGAAAUUGCCAAAAAUCGUUUUACGAGAAGCUACACUGAUCUUCUGGUGUCUUGUGAAAGCCUCACAGACGCAAUGGAUCACUACUUGGAGAACCACACCACUCCUAGCAAAGGGUAUCGCUCUUCGUAUUUACCACGCGUAUUGAAAAACGCGCUUUCAGUUAUGCCUGAUUUCAUUCAUUGUAUCCAUGACGCAAAAGAUGCUUCCACCGUAAUCGGGAUGAGGCGCCGUGGGUCUACGAGUCAUCCUCAGCAGAAUAUUUUCGACAUUCUGCAUCAUCACAUCUACCUAGUCCUUGUAAAUACCCGUCGAACAGUUGCAGAAGUUCAACGCAGGUACAGAGCUCUUUUCAAGAAGAACUCACGCUCAAGCGCGAUCUACGGGUUAGAGAACGUGUUGGUACAAAGAAUGCACGACGUCGGAUACAUCAACAAAGCACUAGCAGACAUAGCUCACAGAGAUUUCACUCCUCUCUGGAUAGCACAUAUCGAAACCAUGUCAUCGGAGGAGCUCGAACGUCAGAACCGAGUUGCCCAACGUCACUGGGUGAAACAGUGGACGUCCAUCAUGGCGAGAACCUCAGUAGUUGUCAAGGGCCUAGACGAUGCUGCUAGGGCCAUCAGGGGAGCACACUGCCUCCACGUCGAAGCGCCUAGGUACGAGGACGGGAACUCAACUCACAUCCAAUGGUCGGACUUUGGCAGACAGCACCAGUAUCGUGCAAUUAAAGAGAUGCAACUGCUGGAGGAACGCUUUCCAUCUCAAUCGCCGAAGAGCGAGCAGGCUCUGCAAGAGCUCGUGGGUGUAGAUAUGUCCGUCAAACCAUUCCAGCGACGAUCGGCGAAGGGCGAAUCCCUCAACGAACAAAGGAAACAAGAGCAGGGCAGGAGGAGACUCCACUCGCGUUCUGCAAGAGACAAGAACUCCAGUAAAAAAGAUCAGGAUGGUGGCAGGCUAUCCAGACCACUUUCUCCAAUGGACAAGAACUCCAGUAAAAAAGAUCAGGAUGGUGGCAGGCUAUCCAGACCACUUUCUCCAAUGGACAAGAACUCCAGUAAAAAAGAUCAGGAUGGUGGCAGGCUAUCCGGACCACUUUCUCCAAUGGACAAGAUCCCCCGUAAGAAAGAUCAGGAAAAGGGCAGGCUGCCCAAGCCACAGUCACUAAAGGGCAUAUCCCUCAGUGACACAAGGAAACGAGACCAUGACAAAGGCCUCAGAGGCUUGAACAUUUACCCUCUUGGCCCUUUCUGA